AUGUUUUAUUUAUUUAACGUUUUAAUAUUUACCGCGAUUUGUCGAGUGGAUUCAGGACUCUUUGAUAGGUAUAGCGGGAAGAAAGUUGAUGUAGCUCAAGCUAAGGAACUUCAACAGAGAAACGCUACUGAGCGAUGUUCGAUAGACAUAAAGCCAUGUACUCCUCACGAAGGCAGCCGGAUUGAUGGCACUUGUAACAACUACAAGUACCCAACAAGAGGUUCUGCCAGAGGACCUUAUCUAAGGCUCCUGAAACCAGAUUAUGCUAAUGAUCGCAAUAUCCGCAUGAGCAGACAUGGAAGCCCACUGCCCUCAGCUCGGAAGGUCAGGACGGAACUGCACUCCACCGGCCGCGUGGAAGAUAAGGUCACCUUCAGCGCCGCUGCUGUCCACAUGAUGCAGUUCAUACAUCGGGAUAUUAGCUUUAUGGAUGGGCCUUUUGACUACCUCAAGCGCAGGCAAUAUUGCUGUCAGCCAAAAGGCGACAAAGACCCGAGGUGUAUCCCAAUAGCAGUGCCUGACGACGAUCCAUAUCUCAAAGUGACUGAUAUACGCUGCCUAAACUUCUCUCGAGCAGAAACUUUCCAAGACGCCAGUUGUACACCCGAAAUAAUACUUCCAGAACAGAUAAACUACCAAACGCCUGUGAUUGAUCUCUCAACGAUAUACGGAGUAGAUAAUCAAGGUCUUGCUAAAGUAAGAAAAUAUGAAGACGGCCUUUUGAUACUCGAGAAAAGAGAAAAUCGUUUCGUGCCUGCAACGAAUGUAACAGAAAAUGUUUGUUUGCAAAAUAAUGACACGGAACCCAUCUGCUAUCAGUUUGGUGUUCCAGAAAUAGGUAACUAUGACCUCAGAACUACGGCCUUAACGAUUUCCUUUAUGAGGGAACACAACAGAUUAGCUAAAGCCCUUCGUGAGAUAAAUCCUUGUUGGAAGGAUGACCGCCUUUUCAAGGUAGCUCGUCAGAUCAACAUCGCGACAGCUUCUAACAUCUUUAUGUAUGAACUGCUACCUUAUUUGUUGGGCUAUAGACACAUGGUAAACUAUGGACUAUUAUCAGAGAGCGUUGAACACGUAUCUAACUAUGACGCAGAGGCGGUACCUCUGGUAUACGCGGAGUAUGAUAUUGCUGUCCGAUACUUCAAUACAUUUUUGGACGGGAGAGUAAAGACAUACAGCGAAGGCUAUCAUUAUAAGGACGAAUAUUCGUACAGUGAAACAUUAUUUAGAUCAGGCUUGUUGGAAAAGGGUAAAAUUCUGGAGGAACUCAACCGAGGAAUGUUCCAUCAAUAUGCUGCGAAGAUAGAUGAUAUUCAAGACCCAGAUAUUUCCGAAAACUACUACGGCAAGAAACUGCAAAGGGCCCACGAUUUGCCAGCGUUAGACAUACAAAGAGGCAGAGACAUGGGCGUGCGUGGGUAUAAUGAUUACAGGCGCCUGUGUGGCUUGAAGCCCGCCAAGAAAUUCAGAGACUUCAUAGACGUUAUGGAAAUUGAGAAAGUAGAAGCCCUAAAGAAACUAUAUCAUUCAGUGGAUGACGUAGAUCUGUUAGCUGGUGUCAUGAGUGAGAAUGAUAUCCAAGGCAUCCAUGUAGGCCCAACACUGUUCUGCAUCAUGACCAAACAGCUGCAGAUAUUCAGAUUCUCUGAUAGAUUCUGGUUUGAAAGGGGAGAUCAGUUACAUAGCUUUAAUUUAGAUCAAUUGGACGAAAUUAGAAAAACAAACAUGGCACGGUUUGCUUGCGACAAUGCCGAUGGUAUCAAGUACAUUCAACCUCAGGCUUUCUUGAAUGUACGACCAGGAAACAUGCCAGCCCCUUGCAGCCACAUUGAAGGGCCUGACCUAACAAAAUGGCGUGAUAGAAAUUGCCAUAAAUACAGCAAAUAUUCCCAUGAAGCUACCCAUAUGCCUAUGAGUUACAAACAUAAAGCUACGUAUGGAAGUAGUAGUAAUACUGAUACUGACUUCUCUACCUUCUUUGAUAAUCUUCUUUCUUAUAGACCUUCAGAGAUUAUGAUGAAGUAA